AUGGAAGAUUGCACGAAAAAGACCGGCGCAAAGAAAACCGUUCGGUUCAACCCCGAACUGCAAGUGGUGUUUGCCGAACAAGAUGAACCAGAUCGCGUUCCUGGCCUAGCUAACCUGUCACGGCCUACGCUUCUUCAGCAUGGACAGGUACACCGAUUGGGUUUGUUGCGGCGCUCGCGGCCGCGACAACAGCCUAGGCCGCCCGCACUACUGCCCAAGAAAUCAACGGACGUGUUGGCGCUCAUUAACGGCUUAUUGGAUAAGCCGUUAGAGAAAUCGCCGACAUCGUCGCCACCGUCCUCGCCGUCGUCGGUCGCACCGUCCUCGCCGUCGUCGAUCGCACCGUCCUCGCCGACAUCGUCGCCACCGUCGUCGGUCGCACCGUCCUCGCCGUCGUCGGUCGCACCGUCGUCGCCUUCGUCGGUCGCACCGUCCUCGCCGUCGUCGUCGCCACCGCCGCUGCUACCCAAGCAGCAGACGCUUCCGAAGCCAAAGCUGCUACCCAAGCCGAAGGUGCUACCCGAACCGCAGCCGCGGCCGCGCUCAAAAAAGCCGGUCUCAUGUCGGGGUAAGCAUCGUGUUAGACAUGUUACGAUCGAUGAUGGACCGUCCGGUACGGACGAACUGCCCGCCAGAAGCGGAUUUUUAAAGCCGCUUUGCGUAAAUCAUCCCGUACCACCGACGAUGGCGCCGCCCCCACCCGUGCCACCGAGGAUGGUGCCGUUCCCGCCCGUGCCGCGGCUGCCGCAGCCGUCAACGUCAAGCGACGCCACACCAAUGGGAAACGUUACUGACGGUAUAACCGUGGUCACCGAGUACCAAAAUGAUAAAGCCGGCGGUAGCGACGGCAAACACAAAGGUCGCUGCAAACCACGGGACGGCCGCUGUAAAAAGUGUGACGGUGUGGCCAACCAGUCACAAGGGGAUGACGGCGAUGGCAGCGAAAGUGACGACCACCACGGGUGCGGGAUGCGAUGUGUGCGGUUCACAGUGGAGUGCAUGGGGUGCACCAUCUCAUAG